AUGGAGAAGUCCGGAAUUACAGAGAAUGAAGCAGAUGAAUCGGAUUCCUUGUCUGAUGAAUCUAACUAUCACAAACCGUUGCGCAGAAGGAGAAGUGCAACUGUGUCACCUGCAGCAGGAACUCGUUUUAGGCAUCACUCCAAGAGCAGACGGCGUUCUGAAAUGAAUUUGAUAUCGCCCAAACAGGCUCCAUCGCUAAAACGACCUGACGAAUCACACAUGUCUCGAAGAUAUGAAGACAAAGAUAGUUUACGGAAAACAAACAGUAUGCCAAGCUUUGAGAAAACACAACAAGCACAUGUAGAGGCUAUACGCCAAUUGCUGGACUUAUUCCCGAUCUCUCCCUGUAAUCAGAGUUCAAGUGUACAUGAGGUCUGGCAGCCUCAUCGGCAGAAGUUAAUGCCGAAAAUGGACGAAACAGAAUCUGAAGAUGAUAUCAUCAAUACAGACAUCGAAGAGUUGCGUGAUGCUGCCCAAAGUAUUCAAUCAUUACAACGUGUUCUGAAGGUUCCACCGGAAUCAACGAAUAUAAACGUCGAAAUGGUUGAUAGGCGAACCGAUUGUCCAGUGGAGGGAGAUUCUAGCUCGGAAAGUCUUCGUCAAUCCGGCAUUGCGUCAAGAUUAGGUGGACAUCCGCGUGGCGUCAUCCAGUUUCUUCCAUCUGCGAAACAGACCGAAUUUUUCCCGGCAAUGGACACGUAUGACACGUAUAAUAAAAAUAAGACAAUAAACAAAAAAAGUUUGUUACGACGGAAAACUUCUCUUCCAGAAAUAUAUGACCAGGUAUGUAAUUCUAGUGGUAUUAUUGGGCCAGCAGCAAUGAACAAUACUUGCAAGAGCGGUAGGUGGUCGUUUCGUAGUGGUACUCCAAAUCUUCAGUAUUCAUCGAAAAAUGCUGAAAUCAUUGAACAAAAAUCACCUAUGGACUCACUAACUGGUGUUAGUCGGUUCUCAAAACUUCUGAAAUCAUUGCGCUCCUCCAGACAAAAUUCACCGGAACCUCAAACAUCCAACUCAUGGAAUCCUUUGAUUUAUACAAAAACUUCUAGUGGUUUAACUAAUCCAAUGAUGCAAGCUGAUUUGUUACUUUGGAGCAAACGUUCUCGGGCAUCGAUUCGAAGACAUAAUGAUGUCCGCAAUAUGGCUAUUAGGGAACUUUGCGAUACUGAAAAAACCUUUGUUGAAGACUUGGAAUAUCUUACUCAGAAGUAUAUGCGACCUUUACGACAGCCACUGGAGUGUACGUUGAUAGAUCCCAUUCUAGCUGAUAAAAUUUUCUACAAAGUUCCAGAAAUCCUAAUUCACCAUCAGCACUUUUUAGCAGCAUUGUGUGAUAGAUUAGAUGCAUUUCAAACAGAUACAAGAAUUGGUGAUGUGCUUCUUUCCCAUUUUCGAAAGCAGUCAAUGGUUGAUACAUACAUUGCAUUUGUUGAUAAUUUCAAAUUUUCUAAACAAAGUAUAAAACAAGCACGUGAGCGUCCUGCAUUCGAAAAGUAUUAUAUGCGGUGUCGACGAGAUCAUCGGAAUAAACUGGACUUGGAUUCCUUACUUAUUUCACCUAUACAGCGAGUUCCACGUUACGAAUUAAUUGUAAAGCAAAUAAUCAAGCAUACAUCAGUGGAGCAUGCUGAUUAUGAUAGCUUAUUGUUAGCUCAAAAAUAUAUCCAUGAACUGGCAACUAAAAUUAAUCGACAGAAAGAAGAAAGUGAAGAAAUGGAGCAACGACUACGUGAAAUUGAAGCCAUUGUUGAUGGCCUUGAUGAUUUGGUAACAACUGGACGGUCUUUUAACCGUUAUGAUGUCGUGACGAUUUUGGGUGCAAAGCAAAACAAACAGCGUUGUCUAUUUCUAAUGUCUGAUCAGAUUAUCGUAACAAAUGUAAGGAGAAAAUCAUCACCCUCAUUUCAUUCAUCAGAUUUCUUAGAUAACAAUCGCUUCAAGCUGCUUUUCAAGAUCUCAUUAGAUGAUGUUGUAAUUGCUAAAGAUACUUUAUCAUUACUGCAUACGGCUGAAAUGGAACUGCAAAAUGCUCAGGAAGAUAUAAACAUUGUGAAUAAAAUGACUGAAUUAUCAAAGUUACUCAAGAAACCAAAUGUUGAAUUAGCUAAUAUGUUAGACAAUCUCGAGACUGAAACGAUGCAUCGAAAACGGGUUCUUCAGGAACAAAUGACAUCAGAUCCAUUGUUAACCAUAGUGCAGCUGCAAGUCACAACAACAAAUGGUGUUGGCGUACUCGUAAUACAGUUUCCCAGUGCCGAUCGACGCGCAAUUUGGGAGAAUGCGUUGAUUAAAGCAAAGACUGCUCUAAAGAAUGAAAUGCAAAAUGAAGAAAGGCCGAAUCACCUGAAAUCAAUUGUAACACAUCGAACUCGUCCUGGGCUAAUGUUCUCUGUAGCAGCGGCAGCUUUCGGGAAGAGUGCAGAAGGAGCACCGAAUGUUUGGGUCUGCGCAUCAGAUAAAUUUUCCGGUCAAGUUACUGUCAUAAACGUAAACGGUGAACCGACUAUAGAAAGUACUACAGGCAUUGGUAAUGCAGCUAUUAUUGCAAUCUGUUCCGUACCCGCUCCAAGGAAAAAAAGGAAAUUAGCAAAGUUGGUCGACUCGUCGUUGAAAGAUUUACCCGGCUUAGAGCUUGACAGCACUUCAUCGGAAUCAGGUGAAUCGGAUUUUGAAACAGCUCGACGAAAUAUUCAAUCUACUGUUUGGAUUGGCAAUGAGGAUGGAGAAAUAUUUGUUUUCAAUCUUUUGGAUAACGUCCGAUUGAAAGCUUGUGAAAGGAUGAUCAGACUUCCGAUGCCUGUAGACGACAUCGUUUAUUUGGAAGAGAAAGUUUUCGUUUCAAUCUCAUCAAAUUCACACAUUAAACUAUUACAAUUCCAAAGAAAUAAAGAAGGCAAAUGGGAUUUAGAUAAUCCGAAAUCAGUUCAUGUAAAUUUUCGCAGACGUUUGAGACCUAUGAGUGUUGCUGCUUCAAGACUUUGUUUUGCAUCUGGCAGUUCAAUUUAUCUGUUAAAUGCUUCUACUUUGCAAAUUGAAAAACAAGCAGCAAUAAGUACAAGUGCUAUGGAGACGGUAGUUUGCAUGGCUGUACUCGGUUCAACAAUUUUUGUAGCCAUGAAUAAGUCAUCGAUUGUUAAAGUAAUCAAUGCGUUUACUUUGGAUUGCCAACAAGAGUUUAGUAUUUCACAUGUCGUCAAUAAGGCAUUGUCGAGCAGUGAAGAUAUUAUUCGCAAACAUAAGAUGGGAUGUUUGAGGAUAACAUCACUUUUAUGUUGUAACAGUCGUCUUUGGAUUGGUACUUCUGCUGGUAUCGUUAUUAACACACUCAUUCCAAAUAAUAAAAUGUUAAACUGGACACCUUCAUUAAAUGUGUGCCAAGCAGGACAUGUUGGACCUUGCAGAUUUCUGACUGCUGUAUCGGCCACAGCAACACCAUCGUUCGAUUUACGACGUCGACGAAUGUCACUUAGUGCUCCUAUAUUACAACAAACUGAACAGAUGUUCGUAGUAAGUGGUGGUGAAGGAUUCGAUAGUGGUGCUACUACACAAGUUGAGAAUGAAAAACGUGAAAUUGAUGAUGCCUUGAAUUACUUGUUGUUUUGGUCUGCUUAG